UACUUUUUCCCUUUCUUUUUUCUUUUUAGUUGCUUGUACACCAAAUCUGGCUCUACACAAAACUGGAAAGCAAAAUUCACUGUGGAUUCCGAUAUUGGACAUGAGCUUGGCACUCGAUGGACGUCACGGAACUUCUUUCGGCGCAGGGAACUGUAUGAUGACCAACGAAAUAAAUACGACCAAAUGGGCUCAGGUUGACCUUGAGAUGUCCUACUCUAUACACACCGUCAGGAUCCUAAACAGAGGCGAUGGCUCCUACCAGACCUUAGCCAACUUUAGCGUAUACGUUUAUGAGGAAGACCCGAUCGAAUUUCCUAUGGCAAACAAGAAACUUUGUGCACAUUAUCCAGGAACUGUCGGCGCUGCUGAGUGGGCGGAGCUGUCAUGUGAAAGUCACGUGACCGGAAGAUACGUCAGAGUCAGCAAAUUCAACCCAAACCCAGAGCUUGCACUUCAUAUCUGCGAGAUGGAGGUGUACGGAGAGAGAGCCAGAGGAAGCGGUAUCCAAAUGAGACGUACGGAAAAUGCCAGGAUAUCAAAUCCAAUCUUAAUGGAAGAAACAACAGAAACUUUACUGACCUGUCUGUCUCUGUGUUAUGCUGAAUCACUCUGCUAUGGCGUCAAUUUCAAACCGUCGACUGGUGACAAUACCCCAAACUGUCAACUGGUUUAUAACGAUGCGACCAAUCUGAUUGAACAAGACUUCACUGGCUGGGAUGCAUUUGUGGUGGAUUCUGCUACAUCACGAAUGAUCCAAACCUGCCCAACAGAAUAGACGAUGGUUGUUGUCUUCUAUUUUAGGGCGACUAAAUUUACACUGGAUGCGGUACAUUCCAAUUAAAAUACACUGUUUUUAAAUGACAUUUACACUGAAUGCGCAGGACUCGAAAUUAAUUUCUAAGUGGAGAUAGAAUCAAGGACGGAAUGGUAAAGCGCUCAACUAAUGCGCGGUCAGUCUAGGGUCGAUCCCAGUCGGUGGGCCCAUUGCGCUAUUU